AUGCGAGGAUAUCACCAGGCAAGCUAUGAAGAAGGCGCCACGAAUUACCGAUCGCCACAGAGAGGCUCGACUCGAAUUCGCAAAGACGAACCUAGGAAGAGAUUGGGCAAAGGUCGUCUUAUGGUUAAAAAGAAAUUCAACUUGGACGGUCCUGAUGGAUACAAGUACUACUGGCGCGACUUGAGGAAGGAACCAGUCAAAUUCAGCCGUCGCAAUUUGGGUAUGGUUACAUUCGUGCGAUUCGGACCGCGCGAGGCAUAUUACACUUCAAAAUUCAUGGCGGUUUAA